AUGAAGAUCUUUUACCCAGCACCAAUCGAGCCUUUAUUCCUCACCGAAAACCUGAAUACAACUUUGGAUGAUCUUGAUUACCUCUACUCUUAUUCCGCUUUCAACGAAAUCACGGCUUUUCUCGUUUUCGUCCAAUUGAUGCUCGAUUACCACAUUGGAGCGGCUAGUAUCUCACGAAGCCUCGCGAGCUAUGUUGUUGCUCUUCUUCAGCUCUUCCCAGUUUUCAAGGACAUCAUUCCGAGCUGGUUGGCAAGUGGCCAAGAACUAUUGGGUGGAAUGCUUUCUAUUAAUAUCCUCGCUCCGAUUUUACUAGCACUUUUGACCCUCAUUCUAUGCCGUGGGGUGGGAGAGUCUUCUACUGUUAACUCCGUCAUGACUGCAACGAAGGUCGUGAUUGUUAUCGUCGUGAUCUGUGCCGGUGCUUUUGAUAUUGAUGUGGAAAAUUGGUCUCCUUUUGUUCCAAAUGGGUUCAAAGCAGUACUAACGGGGGCAACUGUAGUAGCGGUUCAUGAAACCAUAGACCCUCUCCUUGAAAUUCUAAACAAGAAGAUUGGAGACAUCCUAUUUCUCUUUCCACUUAACAUAGACAAGAUAUAG